AUGACCAUGGCAGGCGAGGACGUGUACGACCAGCUCGACAGGCAGCUCAACUCGCACGAAGUCCCGCUGGCACAGCGUUUCCGCGCCUUGUUCACCCUGAAGAGCUUGGGAGGCGACCGAGCAAUCGAGGUUAUCGGAAAGGGCUUUGACGGCGAGUCGGCGCUACUUGGGCACGAGUUGGCGUACUGCCUCGGCCAGCUCAAGGAUCCCAAGGCGCUGCCAAUCCUCACGAAGGUGCUCGAGGACGACAAGGAGCACCCGAUGGCUGCUGAGGCGAUGGGGGCGAUCGGUUCUGAGGAUGCGCUCCCUGCGCUGCGAAAAUACCUCAAGCAUGAGAACCCUGCUAUCAGGGAGACGUGCGAGAUUGCCGUCGACAAGAUCGUGUUCGACAACUCGGAGGAGGGCAAGAAGGCGGAGCCAAACCAGUACCCCUGCAUCGACCCCGCACCUGCCGCUUCCCACUCGCCCCUCGUCGCCUCCGCCCACUCCGCCGCCCUCUCCCCCGCAACCGACCUCUCCAUUCCCGAGCUUGAGCGCAUCCUCCUCGACACCAAGCUGAGCUUGUUCGAGCGCUACCGCGCCAUGUUUGCGCUGCGGAAUAUCGGAGACCGGGAGGCGGUGUUGGCGCUUGCGAAGGGCUUUGAGGACGAGAGUGCUCUCUUCCGGCACGAGAUCGCCUUCGUUUUCGGCCAGCUCUCCUCUCCCGACUCCGUGCCCUCGCUCAUCGACGUCCUCCGCCGACCACACGAGGAAGACAUGGUCCGCCACGAAGCUGCCGAAGCGCUGGGUGGCAUCGCGACGGACGAGUGCUUGCCAAUCUUGAAGGAGUUCGCGCAGAGGCAGGACGUGCCGAGGGUUGUGAGGGAGAGCUGUGUUGUCGCACUGGAUAUGUACGAAUACGAGCGCUCGAACGAAUUUGUUCCCCUCCCGACUCUUCCCACUGCCACCGCAUCCGCCUAG